AUGGCUGCUUUCUCAUUGAGCCAUUCUCUACAGACCAGAAGCAAGACUCCUACUCAAGAACUCAUCAUGGACACAAACAGAACAACCCCAAGAACUCAUAUGAUCUCUCUUUCCUGCCAAACCCACAAACCAAAUGACCCUUUGAGCAAUUCGGGACCAGUGAAAGCUACAAAGAAGAGAGAUGAGAGUCCGCAGUUGCUGCCGCUGCGGCAAAUUCUCUCUAGUGUGGGGAAGUUGGGAAAGGGAUUGAAGGAUAGUCUGAGCCCAAAACAGAAGGGGGACUGGAAGGACUUGGUUUUGAUGAGUUUCUCAUUUGCAGUUUAUGUGUACAUGUCCCAGAAGAUUGUCUGUGCUUACUGUGCAUGGAUGUCCAUACUCAAAUAG